CUCUCCCCCCUUUUUUUCCUUCCCCCUAUUCCUCCAUAGUAGACAGUAGUAGUAAAUCACCCCACCACCACCACCAACAACAAUAAGAAAAAAGUCAAGAUGGUCCCUCACACUGUCUUCCUCCUUCUCGCAGCCCUCACAGCCCUCACCACAUCCUCCACCAUCCCCCUCCAUAAACGCGAUCCCCCCAACAUCCCCAGCCCACCUGAAGCCAGCCGCCUCCUCGAGUUAAUGGUCGUCUCCCCGCAGGGGCCCCAGACUGGCUACAGCCGCACUAAAUUUCCGCACUGGAUCACCAUCAAUGGCCCCUGCAACACCCGCGAGACGGUGUUAAAGCGCGACGGCAUGAACGUAACAGUCGGCAAGAACUGCUCCCCAAAAUCGGGGUCGUGGUAUAGUACCUAUGACGGCGUGACGUUGACGAGCUCCAGCAAUGUGGACAUCGACCAUGUGGUGCCGCUUAGUGAUGCGUGGAAGAGCGGGGCGUCGGGGUGGACGAGGGAGCGGAGGCGGGACUUUGCGAAUGAUAUGGAGAAUCCGCAGUUGAUUUCUGUUCAGGGCAAGGUCAACAAAGAAAAGGGCGACAAAGGACCAGAUAAAUGGAAACCCCCUCUUCCGACCUACCACUGCACAUACGCCUGCAUGUGGGUCAAAGUCAAAUCCGCCUACAAUUUGACAAUCACCGAUCCUGAAAAGCAAGCGUUGAUGGAUAUGCUGGGGACUUGCUGA